AUGCAACGGUCCAACGAACUAACAACUGGGCUCUCCGAUAACUCCGUGAAUUCAUGCUCUCGUAAAUGCAGACUCAAAUGUAAGAGGGCCGUCCGUUAUCGAAAUUACGCAGAUGGUACCCUUCGCUGUCUCGCGUCCAGCUUUGGAGGUUGCGACGUGGAUUCCAAUGUCUUGUACUUCGCCGAAUCGUAUUAUGACAUUAUAUAUGCAGAUUAA